ACGCAGGGUGCGAAGCAGUUACUGCAGCAGCGCGCGCCGUGGCUUUUUCUGUGUCUUCCCACGCAAUUUAGCUACACAUCUGUCUUCGGAUAAUGGAUUUUUACCAGCGCAGUUUAGUACCGCUGAGUUUUCGUUGCUGUCGGUCUUCUUUAAAGAAGUCACAGUUAUAUAAUCGACACUGACACACCCAGAAAUUGUGACAGCGCGAGCAGACCCGCUCCUCUGCUUUACAAGGAUAGUGUGUGUGUGUGUGUGUGAGAGAGAGAGAGAGAGAGAGAGAGAGUGAGUGAGUGAGUGAGUGAGAGCAGCAUCAGCUUGUUCUGUGCUGUCUGGAUGUGGCCGCUGCGCGUGCGGACUCCUCGGAUCUGAGUCGAUGCGGCGGAUCAUGGACGCCGGCUUCUUUGCUUUCUGUCUCCAGUCACACCGCCUUAUACAUGGAUGAGGAAAUAGACACCCGCAAGAUCAACAGCAGCUUCCUCCGCGACCACAAUUAUGCAACUGAAGCUGACAUCAUAUCCACUGUUGAGUUCAACUCCACUGGAGAGCUCCUUGCCACAGGGGACAAAGGGGGUCGUGUGGUGGUUUUCCAGAGAGAGCAGGAGAGUAAGAACCAACCACACCGACGAGGGGAAUACAACGUUUACAGCACAUUUCAGAGCCAUGAGCCUGAGUUUGACUACCUGAAAAGCUUGGAAAUCGAGGAAAAGAUCAACAAGAUCCGCUGGCUCCCUCAGCAGAAUGCUGCCUACUUUCUCCUCUCCACCAAUGAUAAAACUGUCAAGUUGUGGAAAAUCAGUGAGAGAGACAAGCGACCAGAGGGUUAUAACCUGAAGGAUGAGGAUGGCAGGGUGCGGGACCCCACCACCAUCACAGCACUGAGGGUGCCAGUGUUGAGGCCCAUGGACCUGAUGGUGGAAGCUACACCUCGGCGAGUGUUCUCCAAUGCACACACCUAUCACAUCAACUCUAUUUCAGUAAACAGUGACAACGAAACGUAUAUGUCAACAGAUGAUCUGAGGAUCAACCUGUGGAACCUGGAAAUCACUAACAGAAGUUUCAACAUUGUAGAUAUAAAACCAACCAACAUGGAAGAACUCACAGAAGUGAUCACUGCAGCAGAGUUUCAUCCCAACCAGUGCAACACGUUUAUCUAUAGCAGUAGCAAGGGUUCCAUACGACUGUGUGACAUGAGAGCAGCUGCACUCUGUGACAACCACUGCAAAUUCUUUGAGGAACCAGAGGACCCCAGUAAUCGCUCCUUUUUCUCCGAGAUCAUUUCCUCCAUCUCAGAUGUGAAGUUCAGCCACAGUGGUCGUUAUCUAAUGACCCGUGACUACCUUACUGUUAAAGUAUGGGAUCUUAACAUGGAGAACAAACCUCUGGAGACCUAUCAGGUCCACGACUACCUGAGAAGUAAACUAUGCUCCCUUUAUGAGAAUGACUGUAUCUUUGACAAGUUUGAAUGUGUAUGGAAUGGAACAGAUAGUGUCUUGAUGACUGGAUCCUACAAUAACUUCUUCCGCAUGUUUGAUCGUAACACCAAGCGUGAUGUCACACUGGAGGCAUCCAGGGAAAACAGCAAACCCCGAGCCAUCCUCAAGCCACGCAAGGUGUGUGUGGGUGGCAAGCGACGCAAAGACGAGAUCAGCGUAGACAGCCUAGACUUCAGUAAGAAGAUCCUUCACACAGCCUGGCACCCAUCAGAGAACAUCAUCGCCGUGGCUGCAACCAACAACCUCUACAUUUUCCAGGACAAGAUCAACUAGCAUGUGGCGCCCAGGUUUUCCAUCACAGAGACAGAAUCAUCCUCAAGGAAGUCUAUAGAUUUACUGCUUCUGGCUUUGGAUUCGAAGGAAUAUGUCUGCACUGAAUUAUAUGCACUGUUCAUUUCAGGUUGCCAGAAUGCAAAGAUGGCUGCUGCCUGCUUCAUUUUUAGUUUCCCCUCUGCCAUUGAUUUCAAGCAUUGUAGUUCAGUAUGGACAGCAAUAAAGUGGACAUGGUGUAUGGUGUAAUAUUACCAGGCUGCAUUUACCUCGUUUCUUCAACUUUUCAACAACCUAAUUCACCAUUUGACUUCAUGGAACAAGGUACAUAAUUCUAACAUGGGACUACAGUUCAGAAAGUGCAGCAUCACAUUGAUUUAAGAUGGAAUAAAAAAAAUGUAGCAAUUUACUGCUUUUGUUCUAAUUUUCUAAAUAAACCCUAAAAAGGAUAAUAAAAAGACAUGAA